AUGGCGGACGGUAGACGGGGACAACACCAAGCUAUUUGUAAAGGCCAGAAAUUACCUGUUUUUAUCGAAGAGGCCAUCGAGGAUGUUCUCAUUGUAUGCUUGGAGGCUGGAGCCAAAAAAUACCGAGGAGUUUUAGUGGAUUCCGAUAAAAGAAAUUUGCCUCAUGGUGUGUGUUUCCCGUUCAAAAAUGACUCAAAAGACGACUCCUCCGAUAACAAAAGUGAUAUUAAUAGUGUUGAUGGUGUAGUCAAAAGCGGGGAACAGAACGUUCAGUUAUCGGCAGCAGCACUUCGCCACACAUACAAUCAAGAUUUUUCACAAUUUGGCGAAAAGGUGGUGGCACUGACCAAACGGACAUAUACAAGACACUUUAAAGACAAGACUGUGCGCAGUAUACGUCUUCGACCACGUCAAACUUUGUGUUCUAAAUGCAAAUCAGCAUGCCACGACAAUGCAGACCCAACAAGUUCUUCCAUUUCAAAGACUCCCUUUUCGUCUCUCAACAACUCUUCUUCUUCAUAUUCUUCUUCAUCUUCAAAUUCCCUUCCAUCCCGAAUUUCUCAUCCAGUCCCAACACCUCCACCACCCCCUCCUCCACCACCGUUUCCUUCCCCAACCACCUUACCCUUGACCACACGCAACAAUCUGAACACACGGAACCAUUCUUUGAUCCACAAUACACGCAGUAGGUCUCCACCGGUUACACGAAAUCGGCAGCAACAACAGCAACUGCAGCAGCAAGUACCCCCGUCUUCCUCUGUGGUCAAUCGUUACUGUCAACCUCCUCCAUCUCCAAAGACCCCUCGUUAUGAACACCCGCCGCCUUCUCCUAAAACAUCUCGAUACAAUCAGCCACCUCCAUCUCCAAAGCCUGCAAGGUAUAAUCACCCCCCUCCUUCACCAAAACAGCACACACAUGGUGGUAACCAGCCACCCCCUUCGCCAAGGGCUACACGUUACAACCAACCUCCUCCUUCACCAAGGUCCCCCUAUUACAAUCAGCCACCUCCUUCACCAAAGAACCCCAGAUAUAACCAACCACCUCCUUCUCCAAAACCAUCGCGCUAUAACCAACCGCCGCCAUCUCCCAAGCCCCUUCGAUAUAACCAGCCACCACCAUCUCCAAAACCACCACACUACAACCAACCUCCAAUGUCCCCACGUGGUAAUUCACGCUAUAGUCUACCUCCCCCUUCAUCUCCCAAGCCGCCACGUUUCAACCAGCCUCCUCCUUCUCCAAAACCACCCCGUUUCAACCAACCCCCACCUUCACCAAGACAUCUGAGUUCCCCUAUCACCCUUCCAUUACCCCAACCCCAGGUGCAGCUUGAACCCUUAAAACUUGGGGAACAUCCAGAAACUCGAAGUGAGUCUCGAAAAAGGAAAGGUUCUGUAACAGAGGAGUAUGUGCCUACUACUAAUGACAAUAAAACCAAUAUCAGUCUCAAAUCUGAAGGACUGACUGUUGUAAAAUCUAGUCCAAUAAUAAAAAUAUCAGUUGGUGAGGGAACAGUGCUAAAAAUUCCACCUCGCCUCCACUCUGAAGUGGUGGACACUGAUCAAUCAUCAGAUGAGAAACUUGAAAACAAGGAUUAUACAACCCACAAGAGACUGAAAAAGGCUUUAAAGAAAGCUAAAGAAAAGCUGAAACGGGUAGACUCAGAAAAUGGUGAUAAAAUUUCCUCAGGCCACCACCGCAAACAUAAGCGCAAACACAAACAUAAACAUGCAUGCGCUGACAUUGAUCGGAAUUUACCAGCAUUGGCUGUAGAAAAGGCAAAUAAAGAGGAGAAUGACUCUGAAACAGAUGCCGCUGAUCCAGAGAUGAAUGAUCACCAGCGACCUCGGUUGCUUUACACCUGGCGACGCAACAGUGGCCUAUCACGGGUAGAAUCAGAAACUUCAGGUAACAAUGCACUAUCGGCAGGGGAUUUAAAAAAUGAUGAAAAGUCUCCACAAAACCCACUGCUUGAUAAUUCACUGGAGACAAAGUCGGACUCAUCAGGGGAGUCAACAGAUGGCUUCAAUACGAACUCUGCCAAUGGAGUCUCUGACUCGGACUCUGAAUAUGGGGAGGAUUAUGCUGAAAAAGAGUUUCCUGGCAGCCGUUCUCCUGCAGCCGACUCUCUGAAGCCACUGAUGAUGAAAAUUCAGACCAAGACGGUAACAAAAGUGGAAACCUCUGAAGGACGUAUCAUUCAUGUUGGGGACAUUGUAUGGGGCAAAAUCCAAGGAUUCCCUUGGUGGCCUGGUCGAGUGCUCUCUAUCACUGUCAGUACACGCGACAAUGGAGUUGUGAUAGCACAGCUGGCUCAUGUGUCGUGGUUUGGCUCAUCCACCAUGUCACAUAUGCAGUGUGUUGAUUUGUAUCCAUUUUUAGAAGACUUCAAACUCCGCUACAACAAAAAGAAGCGGGGUCCAUACAAAGUGGCCAUCAAGCAGGCAACUGUGGCUGCCAAGAGUUUCCUAGGGACUUCCAAUAUUAAAGUGGAAGAUAUUGAAUUGUGA